AUGAUAAAGAAGGAGAUCUUGUACGGUGGCUUCGCCCUUAUCUGCUUGCUUGUCUACUACAAGCUCGAGGCUCCAGCAAAUGCAGCAUAUGACUAUUGGCUGACCUUGGCAGCAGGUUUGCAGGUCCUUGGCUUUGCGAUGUUGGCCAUGGAUACCAGCAGCAGUGCGGCAGAGGGCCUCAGUGAGAAGACACUUUGGGCCUUUAUCAUUGCGCACGUGACGCGCAUUUCGACCACCGUUUGGGGCGAAGGCUAUAUCCCGGAGGACAACACUGGCGAUGUCUUCUUGUACCAAGGCCUGGAAUUGCUGGGCGUGGCCAUCGUGGUCUUUCAGGUGAUGCGCCUCACAGCUGUUCGCAGUACCCAGGACGUGGGGCAGGGCAUCGAACGAUGGAGCCAAGUCAUCGCCAUGUGCGCGGUUUCGGCCGUGCUGGCGUACUUUACCAAGAGCACGGGACAUGACGACUACUGGGCUGACCUCAGCUGGAUGUUCUCAACGUGGUUGGAGGCCUUUGCACUGGGUCCACAGGUCUACCUAUUGGUGACGGGUGCUUGCUAUGUGGACGAAAGUGCUGCUCACUUCGCUGGGCUCACAUUGGGCUCGGCCGUAGUCUUCACCGCCUUCUGGGGCCGAGUGACCAGAGACAGGUAUCGAGAGUUUGACCAGGAUGGCGAUCAUACGUUCUUUCAUGCCAUCCUUACCGCCUGCUUCAUUCGUGUGGCCCUGUGCACCACCUAUGUGUAUCUCUUCACCAAGCAGACAAAGAAGAGGCCUGACUAUGAGCUUUGCGCCCAUGACGAGCUCUGA